UUCGCCGCGAAGCCUGCGGCUUGGACCUUUCUCCAAAGCCUAUCCAUUUCCUCUUAACGGGAACGGAGGCUGCCGUUCCUGCAGCUGCGCCGUGAGGGGCCCCAACGACGCCUCCUGGACCCACGUUUCAGCCGGUAGCUGAAUUACUCUCACCUGCUUUAAUUCUCUGCACCAGGAACCUCAGGUCCAGGAGUAUCAGCAGCAGAGAUGUCUAAUGAGCCCCCCCCUCCUUAUCCUGGAGGCCCUACAGCCCCACUACUAGAGGAAAAAAGUGGAGCCCCACCUACCCCAGGCCGCAGCUCCCCAGCGGUGAUGCAGCCGCCACCAGGCAUGCCACUACCCUCUGCUGACAUUGCUCCUCCACCUUAUGAGCCACCUGGUCAUCCAAUGCCUCAGCCUGGCUUUGUGCCCCCUCACAUGAAUGCAGAUGGCACCUACAUGCCUGCAGGUUUCUACCCUCCUCCAGGCCCUCACCCACCUAUGGGCUAUUACCCACCAGGACCCUACCCACCAGGGCCCUAUCCUGGCCCUGGGGGCCACACGGCCACAGUCUUGGUCCCAUCAGGGGCAGCCACCACGGUGACAGUACUACAGGGAGAGAUCUUUGAAGGUGCACCUGUGCAGACAGUGUGCCCCCACUGCCAGCAGGCAAUCACCACCAAGAUUUCCUACGAGAUUGGCCUGAUGAACUUUGUGCUGGGUUUCUUCUGCUGCUUCAUGGGGUGUGACCUGGGCUGCUGCUUGAUCCCCUGUCUCAUCAAUGACUUCAAGGAUGUGACGCACACGUGUCCCAGCUGCAAAGCCUACAUCUACACAUACAAGCGCUUGUGCUAACAGAGCUAGACUUGGACUCCCUCACCUAUUACUCUGGCCCCGUGUGCUUUGCUCCCCAUGCUCAGUGGUCACCAUCCCUCAGCCCCCACUUAGGGUUGGAAGUUUUGCCACUGUACCCUGGAAAUCCUGUCCUCACCUUGCCCUUCCCUGAGCAUCCGACUCUUCUAGCAAAAACUGCAUUGGAUUAAGGCCAAGGGCCAGUGGGUGGCAUGGGGGUAGCACAGAUCUUGUGUGUUGCUUGGGCAUUUGCAAUCCAGAAGAUAAGCUGGAGGGUCUCUUACUGGGGUCCUCAUUCCUCUUCUGUUAAGGUCCACGCUUGGUCCUUACUCUUCCUGGGACCAAAAGCACCCAAAGCAUCAACAGGUCCCAGACUAGGGCCUACAGUGAGGGUUAUGCCUGGAACCAUAGUUGUUUCUGACCUGAAAUGAGGUCAGGGCAUCAUCUAGAGUUAAGUGGACCCAAGCAAUACAGGAUCCUGGGCUUAUAUGGAGUAUGUUGUCUGGGGUGCCAAAGGUGGAAUAAGAAAGAAGUAACUCUGGGCCUCAGAACUCUCAGGUAUGGAAACCCAGGACUUCUACCCACUGUCCAGGAGGUACCUAGGAGCUGCCUGGCAUAAAGCGAAGAGGACACUGGGCUAGUUAAAGCCCUGGUAGCCAAGAACACUAGCCCCUGUUCUUACUUAGCUUCCUUUGAGUCAGUCAGUGUGCAGAGAUCUUCUUUCUGGCCACACCUCUGUGAACCCCUAUAUUUUCUGGGGCCAGAAAGAAUGAAUGCCUAUGAGGCUGUCUUGUCUACUUUUGUGUCUGUGCUGUGUGUGAAUACAACGUCUGCCUGGUGGCUUGCUGACAGACGGCCGAUCAGAAGAGCCUCCUUAUAGGUUCAUUGGUCUCUGGAGUAAGUGCCAGUCUUUUUUGCCAUAGAUGGGACAACUGUGGCACUGAGCUGGGGCCCAGGAAGAAGUCACAAGUGGUCCCCAUGGGACUCGUGUCCUAGGACAUGAGUCUUGCCCAGGAUGUAAACCCAAACUUGUCUAUUUCCUAAAUGGUCUGUGAAGAUGCUCACGAGGGCGCUGUGUCCUGCUGCUGUCCCUCUCCUGGUCUCACACUACCACUGCAUGGCCUCCUACCACUGUGAACUGUGGCCUGGUUCCGGUUUGUAGUUUCAUUAAACUGGCCCUUUCACUCUCCUGCCCUGGGCCUCUGCUGUCG